AUGGCUAACAUCGCCGACCAGAAGAUGGAGCACGAUGAACGGACACCAUUGAUUACCACUGUACAAGUUGGUCCUCCUCGCCAGCGAUACUCCCACAGCAUCGUCCGAAGAUUUUGUACAAUUGCGUUAUCAUCUUCAUUGCUGGCCCUCGUUGUCCUUUUCCUCCUCCCUGCGAGCGUACUUGACCGACAUCAUCAUCAUCGAAGGCCCUCGCGCCCUACCCCACCCCCACCGAAUCAUGGCCGCAAUGCCCUAUCGUUCAAAGAGCUCCAAGACAUAUUGAUUGAAACCCCAAAAGAAGAGAAAGCGCAAGAAUGGAGCAAAUAUUAUACUUCAGGCCCACAUCUGGCUGGAAAGAAUUAUAGUCAGGUCCUUUGGACUCAAGAAAGAUGGACCGAGUUUGGAAUUCAAGCAGAUAUCACGGCGUAUGAUAUAUACAUCAAUUACCCUCUUGGCCACCGAUUGGCUCUUUACGAGAAAAACAAGACCAAGAACGCCAGCGAAUCUUCCUCUUUGUGGAAUGUGAAGUUUGAAGCAAGCUUGGAGGAAGAUGUGCUAGAAGAGGAUCCAACGACUGGUUUGGAGAAUAGAAUUCCCACCUUCCACGGAUACUCAGCCUCUGGAAAUGUCACUGCACCAUAUGUAUACGUCAAUUACGGCACAUACCAAGAUUUUGAGGAUUUAAUAAAGGCAAACAUCAGUCUAGAAGGAAAGAUUGCUGUUGCAAAGUAUGGCGGCAUCUUUCGAGGUCUGAAGAUCAAGCGUGCAGAGGAGCUAGGAAUGGUUGGUGCCGUUCUAUUCACAGAUCCCGGUGACGACGGAGGUGUCACGGAAGAGAAUGGAGUAGAGCUGUAUCCAGAUGGCCCGGGCCGAAACCCAAGUAGCGUUCAAAGAGGAAGUGCUCAAUUUUUGAGCGUUGCUCCAGGUGAUCCAACUACGCCUGGUUACCCAUCCAAGCCCGGCGUCCCUCGAGAACCAGUAGAGGGCAAGAUUCCAUCUAUUCCAUCUAUCCCAAUAUCCUACGUUGACGCUAUCCCGAUCUUGUCGGCUCUGAACGGCCACGGACCUUCACCCAAAGAUUUCAACAAAUACUGGCAAAAGAAUCUGGGAUUGAAGUACAAGGGAGUCGAUUAUAACAUUGGUCCUUCUCCAGACAGCUUGGUAUUGAAUUUGGUCAACGAACAAGAAUAUGUCACAACUCCACUGUGGAAUGUCAUCGGUGUCAUCAACGGUACACUCACAGACGAAGUUAUCGUUAUAGGUAACCAUCGAGAUGCUUGGAUUGCAGGUGGAGCCGGUGACCCCAACAGCGGUUCAGCGGCUCUCAAUGAAGUCAUUCGGUCUUUUGGUGUCGCCUUGGCCAAGGGAUGGAAACCCCUUCGUACAAUCGUAUUUGCAAGCUGGGAUGGCGAGGAAUAUGGACUCAUUGGAUCGACCGAGUGGGUUGAGGAGUAUCUUCCCUGGUUGUCUGGCUCGAAUGUGGCAUACGUGAAUGUGGACGUUGCUACGGUGGGACCCAGUUUCAAAGCGUCUGCUAGUCCCUUACUGAACAAGCUCAUCUACGAAGUCACCAGCUUGGUACAGUCACCAAAUCAAACCAUUCCGGGACAGACUGUUGGAGAUCUAUGGGACGGACAAAUCAGUACUAUGGGAAGUGGCAGCGACUUUACUGCAUUCCAAGACUUUGCUGGUAUUCCAUCGAUUGAUCUUGGAUUCGGACCUGAUCCUUCAGCCCCAGGCGACACCGGUGCUGCAGUCUAUCAAUAUCACUCGAAUUACGAUUCUUAUCACUGGAUGAAUACAUAUGGCGAUCCAGGAUUCCAUUAUCACGCCACUGUAGCCAGAAUCUGGGCGCUGUUCACAGCAAGACUUGCAGAGGCUCCAGUCAUCCCACUGAACGCCAGCGACUAUGCGACCGCAUUGGAAGGUUAUAUCUCUCAAGCCGAGUCGAAACUUGAUUCUGCAAUCUCCGGCACGUCUACUGAAGAAGAAGAUAUGGAAGCUCGGUCCCGACCAACCGUCCUGGAAUCGAAGGGCGACCUCAAGGCUCUCAAACUCUCAUUUAAGAAACUUUACAAAGCAGCAUCAAAAUUCAAACAUGCUGCCCAUCACCAGGACGCCUUCGCCGCUGAAUGUGCCGAAAAGGCUGGUGAAGAUAUUCCGUGGUGGAAAUGGUUCUCCAAAAUCCGUUUGUUCUAUCACAUCCGUGCAGUGAAUACCAAAUACAAGUACCUCGAGCGUCAAUUUUUGUAUCAGCCAGGUCUGGAUAGUCGAUCAUGGUUUAAGCAUGUUAUAUUCGCGCCUGGACUUUGGACUGGAUAUGCGGGUGCGGUAUUCCCUGGUCUGGUUGAGGCGAUUGAGGCCAAAGAAUACGACAAUGCGCAGAAGUGGGUGGGCAUUAUCGAGGGAAGUAUCUGGAAGGCUUAUGGGAGUUUGAAAUAG